CAGAAGUUCUGUGACAGUUGAAGCCCUCGAGGGACGGGAGCCAUUUUCUUUCCUGGUUUGCGGAAAGGCUCGUCCUGCUUAAGACAGGAGCAAACGUUUGUGAGAAGCUGAGGCCAGAGGCGUGAGCCAGGACCAAGAUGACCAUUACACCCGACGUCAGAUUCGAGUACUUGGAGGAAAUCGCCUCCCUCAUCCUCAAGUUCAAGCCCGACAAGUGGAGCAAGCUGAUGGGAGCUGAGGAGAACUUGGCCUUGUUCACAGAGUUCUUUGAAAAGCCAGAAGUCACCGUGCUGGUGUUGACGCUCAAUGCCACCGGCAUGAUCGUCCCCUGCCUGGGCUUCCCAGAGUCCCUCAAGACCAAGGGGGUGUACUUUAUCAAGACGAAGCCAGAGAGCAUCAACAAGCUCAACUACAAGACGAACCUGCUCUAUGGGGACAUAAGCCCUCUGCCCGUGGACCAGCUGAUCGCGGUGGUGGAAGAGGUCCUCUACUCUCUGCUCAACCAGAGCGAGAACAUGGAAGGCUGGCCGCGGGUGGUCUCCGAAGACAUCGUGAAGCAAGUCCACAAGCUCAAGAACGAGAUGUUUGUGAUGGGCGGCAAGAUCAAAGGGAAGACCCUGCUGCCCAUCCCCGAGAACCUGGAGAACCUGGACGGCGCUCUGGAGUCCAUGGAGAGGAUCCCCUCCUCCCUGGACAACUCCCUCCUGCACGCCAUUGAAACCAUUAUCAUCGACUGGUCCCACCAGAUCCGGGACGUGCUGAGCAAGGACUCGGCCCAGGCCCUCCUGGACGGGCUGAACCCCCUGCCCCAGGUUGAGUUCCAGUUCUGGGACGCCCGGCUGAUGAACCUCAAGUGCAUCCACGAGCAGCUCAACAGGCCCAAAGUGAACAAAAUUGUGGAGAUCCUGGAGAAAGCCCAAAGCUGCUACUGGCCGGCCCUGCAGAACGUCUACAUGAACGUCACCGAAGGGCUGAAGGAAGCCAACGACAUCGUUCUGUACCUGAAGCCCCUGCGGAUCUCGCUGGAGGAGAUGGAACAGGCCGACUUCUCGGUGCUCCCGAACUUCAUUGCCAAGGUGCUGGACACCAUCGCCUUCAUCUGGGCCACCUCGGAGCACUACAACACGCCCUCCAGGGUCAUCGUCAUCCUGCGGGAGUUGUGCAACCAGAUCAUUGAGAUGACGCGGACCUUCCUGAGCCCCGAGGAGGUCCUGAAGGGCUUGCAGGGCGAGAUCGAGGAGGUCCUGAGUGGCAUCUCGCUGUCUGUGUACGUCCUGAAGCGGGUCUUCCAGGCCUACGACUUCUGCUGCUCCAACAUGAAGCUCUUCUUCAAGAACAAGGACCCCGUGCCCUGGGAGUUCCCAUCUUCCCUCGCCUUCUCCAGAAUGAACUCUUUCUUCCACCGCAUCCAGACCAUUGAGGAUCUCUACAAAACUGCCAUCGAGUUUCUGAAGCUGGAGAAGAUCGAGCUCGGGGGUGUGCGGGGCAACCUCCUGGGGAGCAUGGUGACUCAGAUUUACGACGAGGUCUUUGAGCUGGUGAAGGUUUUUGCCGAGUGCAAAUACGAUCCCUUGGACCCUGGAGACUCGAGUUUUGACAAUGAUUACGCCGACUUUGAGACGAAAAUCCAAGAUCUGGACAGGAGGCUGGCCACCAUCUUCUGCCAAGCGUUUGACGACUGCAGCUCCAUUGAGUCCUCUGCGAAGCUCCUGUACAUGUGCGGCAGUCUCCUGGAGCGGCCCCUGAUCCUGGCCGAGGUGGUGCCCAGGUACUCCACCAUGCUGGAGAUGUUUGACACCGAGCUGGACAAUGCCAAGCUCUUGUACGAUGCCCAGAUGGCAGCGUCUGCAGAGGGCGACAUCCCGCCCAUCCACAAGAACAUGCCCUCCGUGGCCGGGCAGCUCAAGUGGAGCCUGGGGCUGCAGGAGAGGCUGGAGGUGUCCAUGAAGCACCUGAAGUACAUCGACCACCCGGUCAUGUCCAGCAUGGAGACCAAGAUGAUCUACCAGAAAUACGACGAGAUGUUGGAGCUGCUGCGCAGCUACCGCGAGAGGGUCUACAGGCAGUGGGUGGACAAGGUGGACGAGGACUGCCACUUCAACCUGGGCCAGCCGCUCAUCCAGCGACACGCCACCACCGGCCUGCUCCAAGUCAACUUCAGCAAGGCGUUGGUGGCCGUCCUGAGAGAAGUCAAGUAUUUGAAUUUCCAGCAGCAAAAAGAGAUUCCAGGCAGCGCGGAGCACCUCUUCUCUGAAAACGAGACCUUCCGGAAGUUCGUGGGGAACCUGGAGCUCAUCGUGGGCUGGUACAAUGAGAUCAAGGCGACGGUGAUGGACGUGGAGUACCCGCUCAUCAAGUCAGAGCUGGAAGCCAUCGACGACAGGCUGUCCAGCGCUGAGACCACGCUGUUCUGGAACAGCGAAGAUGUGUUUCAGUACAUCCAAGAGAUGCGGGAGGUUCUUCACGACCUGCAGAACAGGAUGCAGAGGGCGAAGCAGAACAUUGAAGGGAUUUCCCAGGCCAUGAAGGACUGGUCAGCCAACCCCCUGUUUGAGAGAAAGGACAACAAGAAAGAGGCCCUGCUGGACCUGGACGGGAGGACGGUCAACCUGAACAAGCGCUACACUGCCGUCAAGGAGGCCGGCGCCAAGAUCCAAGCCAUGGUCACGGAAAACACAGAGCUGUUCAGAGCAGACACGUCGAGCCAGCCCUGGAAGGACUACGUCUCCUACAUCGACACCAAGGUCCUGAAGGAAUUCGAGUUCUUCAUCCGCAAGUCUCUCAAUUACCUGAUGGACAACAUGGUCUUGGAUGAGAGUGUGGCGCCCCUGUUUGAGAUCCGCAUGGAGCUGAACGAUGAAGGGCUGACCUUCAACCCGUCGCUGGAGGUGGGCUCUGAGCGUGGCUUCCUGGCGCUCAUCGAGGGCCUGGUCAAUGACAUCUACAACGUGGCCAGACUCAUCCCCCGGCUGGCCAAGGGCAAGGUGAACUACAAGACGGAACUGGAGGACCAGACGGACCUCAUCGAGAUGCGGGAGGAGCUGUCCGGCCUGGUCAUCAACGCCAUGAAGGAGGCGGAGGAGUACCAGGACUCCAUGGAGCGGUACUCGUACCUCUGGACGGACGACCUGCAGGAGUUCAUGCGGAACUUCCUCAUCUUCGGGCACGUGCCCACGGCGGAGGAGCUGGACACUCGGACAGACAUCACCAUGCCCAAGACGCCGCCGGCCCUCACGCAGUUCCAGGAGCAGAUCGACUCGUACGAGAAGCUGUACGAGGAGGUGUCCAGGUGCGAGAGCGCCAAGGUGUUCCACGGCUGGCUGCAGUGCGACUGCCGUCCCUUCAGACAGGCCCUGCUCAACACCAUCAAGCGCUGGAGCCUCAUGUUCAAGCGGUACCUGAGCGACUACGUCGUCAACAGCCUCACGGACCUGGAAGCCUUCAUGAAGCUGUCCCAGUUGGGCCUGAAGAAGCCGCUCAAGGAGGGAGACUACGACGGGCUGGUGGAGGUGAUGGGGCACCUGAUGAAGGUCAAGGAGAGGCAGGCGGCCACCGACGGCAUGUUCGAGCCCCUGAAGCAGACCAUCGAGCUGCUCAGGACCUACGGGGAGGAGCUGCCCGAGGAGGCCCACCUGAAGCUGCAGGAGCUGCCCGAGCAGUGGGCCAACACCAAGAAGCUGGCCAUCCAGGUGAAGCAGAACGUGGCUCCCCUGCAGGCCAACGAGGUCAGCAUCCUGCGGCGCAAGUGCCAGCAAUUCGAGAUCAAGCAGCAGGAGUUCAGGGAGAAGUUCCGCAGAGAGGCCCCCUUCUCCUUCAGCAGCCCCGAGCCCUACAAGGCCCUCAACAAGAGGUGCCCCCGGGCGUCCCUCGAGAGAGGAGCUGAAGCCAGGCUCCCAUUGCAGGUGAACACCUGCCUGGACGACUGGAAGACCACCAAGUGGAAAGACAUCAACGUGGAGCAGAUGGACAUCGACUGCAAGAAGUUUGCCAAGGACAUCAGGUCUCUGGACAAGGAGAUGAAAACCUGGGAUGCCUUCGUGGGGCUGGACAACACCGUGAAAAACACCAUCACGUCCCUGCGCGCCGUGAGCGAGCUGCAGAACCCCGCCAUCCGCGACCGCCACUGGCAGCAGCUCAUGCAGGCCACCCAGGUGAAGUUCGAGAUGUCGGAAGAGACGACCCUGGCCGACCUCCUGCAGCUGAACCUGCACAAUUAUGAGGAUGAGGUCCGCAACAUCGUGGACAAGGCCGUGAAGGAGUCCGGCAUGGAGAAGGUGCUGAGAGCCCUGGACAGCACGUGGACCACCAUGGAAUUCGAGCACGAGCCGCACCCGCGCACGGGCACCAUGAUGCUCAAGGCGGACGAGGUGCUGGUGGAGACGCUGGAGGACAACCAGGUGCAGCUGCAGAACCUGAUGAUGUCCAAGUACCUGUCGCACUUCCUCAAGGAGGUGACCAGCUGGCAGCAGAAGCUGUCCAUGGCAGACUCGGUCAUCUCCAUCUGGUUUGAGGUCCAAAGGACCUGGAGCCACCUGGAGAGCAUCUUCAUAGGCUCGGAAGACAUCCGGGCCCAGCUCCCAGAGGACUCCCAGCGCUUCGACGACAUCGACAAGGAAUUCAAGGCCUUGAUGGAGGACGCCGUGAAGACUCCCAACGUGGUGGAAGCCACCAACAAGCCAGGUCUCUACGAGAAACUCGAGGCACUGAAGAAGAGCUUGGCCAUGUGUGAGAAGGCGUUGGCAGAGUACCUGGAGACCAAAAGGCUGGCUUUCCCGCGGUUCUACUUUGUCUCCUCGGCCGACCUGCUGGACAUCCUCUCCAACGGCAACGACCCCGUGGAGGUGAGCCGCCACCUGUCCAAGCUCUUCGACAGCCUGUGUAAGCUCAAGUUCCGACUGGGUGCUGACGAGAAGCCCCUGAAGGUGGGCGUGGGGAUGUACAGCAAGGAGGACGAGUAUGUGGACUUUGACCAUGAGAGUGACCUCUCGGGCCAGGUGGAGGUCUGGCUCAAUCGAGUGCUGGACAGAAUGUGUGCCACCCUUCGACACGAAAUUCCAGAAGCUGUGGUGACCUACGAGGAGAAGCCGAGGGAGCAGUGGAUCUUCGAUUACCCGGCCCAGAUUGCGCUGACCUGCACCCAGAUCUGGUGGACCACCGAGGUGGGCCUGGCGUUCUCGCGGCUGGAGGAGGGCUAUGAAAACGCCAUCAAAGACUACAACAAGAAGCAGAUCAGCCAGCUGAACGCGCUCAUCACGCUGCUCAUCGGGAGCCUCAGCGCCGGCGACAGGAUGAAGAUCAUGACCAUCUGCACCAUCGACGUGCACGCCCGGGACGUGGUGGCCAAGAUGAUCCUCGCCAAGGUGGAGAGCUCCCAGGCCUUCACGUGGCAGUCACAGCUCCGCCACCGCUGGGAUGAGGAGAAGAAACACUGCUUCGCCAACAUCUGCGACGCCCAGAUCCAGUAUUCCUACGAGUACCUGGGCAACACGCCGCGGCUGGUCAUCACCCCCCUCACAGACAGGUGCUACAUCACGCUGACCCAGUCUCUGCAUCUGAUCAUGGGCGGAGCCCCCGCGGGCCCUGCAGGCACUGGAAAGACAGAAACGACCAAGGACCUGGGCCGAGCGCUGGGCACCAUGGUGUACGUCUUCAACUGCUCGGAGCAGAUGGACUACAAGUCCUGUGGGAACAUCUACAAGGGCCUGGCCCAGACCGGAGCCUGGGGCUGCUUCGAUGAGUUCAACCGGAUCUCGGUGGAAGUCCUGUCCGUGAUCGCGGUGCAGGUAAAAUGUGUCCAGGAUGCAAUUCGGGCCAAGAAAAAGACGUUUAACUUCCUGGGAGAGAUGAUAAGAUUGAUCCCCUCGGUCGGCAUCUUCAUCACCAUGAACCCCGGGUACGCGGGACGCACAGAGCUGCCCGAGAACCUGAAGGCCCUGUUCAGGCCCUGCGCCAUGGUGGUCCCCGACUUUGAGCUCAUCUGUGAGAUCAUGCUGGUGGCCGAGGGCUUCCUGGAGGCCCGGCUGCUGGCCAGGAAGUUCAUCACACUCUACACCCUGUGCAAAGAGCUGCUCUCCAAGCAGGAUCACUACGACUGGGGCUUGCGAGCCAUCAAGUCCGUGCUGGUGGUGGCCGGCUCCCUGAAGAGGGGGGACCCUGCCCGGGCAGAAGACCAGGUGCUCAUGAGGGCGCUGCGGGACUUCAACAUCCCCAAGAUUGUGACCGACGACCUUCCCGUGUUCAUGGGGCUGAUCGGGGACCUCUUCCCGGCUCUGGACGUGCCUCGGAAGCGAGACCUGAACUUUGAGAAGAUCAUCAAGCAGAGUGUGGUGGAGCUCCGGCUGCAGGCCGAGGACAGCUUCGUGCUGAAGGUGGUGCAGCUGGAGGAGCUGCUGCAAGUCCGGCACUCGGUGUUCGUCAUCGGGAACGCGGGCAGCGGCAAGUCCCAGGUCCUCAAGUCCCUCAACAAAACCUACCAGAACAUGAAGAGGAAGCCGGUGGCUGUGGACCUGGACCCCAAGGCCGUCACCUGUGACGAGCUCUUUGGCAUCAUCAACCCAGCCACCAGGGAGUGGAAAGACGGCCUCUUCUCCACCGUCAUGCGGGACCUGGCCAACAUCACUCAUGAUGGCCCCAAGUGGAUCGUCCUGGAUGGGGACAUCGACCCCAUGUGGAUCGAGUCUCUCAACACGGUCAUGGAUGACAACAAGGUCCUCACCCUGGCCAGCAACGAGCGAAUCCCCUUGAACCGCACCAUGAGGCUGGUGUUUGAGAUCAGCCACCUGAGGACAGCCACCCCGGCCACCGUCUCCAGAGCCGGCAUCCUCUACAUCAACCCCGCGGACCUGGGCUGGAACCCGGUGGUGAGCAGCUGGAUCGAGAGGCGCCGGGUGCAGUCGGAGAAGGCCAACCUGACCAUCCUCUUCGACAAGUACCUGCCCACGUGCCUGGACAAGCUGCGCUUUGGCUUCAAGAGGAUCACGCCGGUGCCCGAGAUCACCAUCAUCCAGACGAUCCUCUACCUGCUGGAGUGCCUGCUCACCGAGAAGAACGCGCCGCCCGACUCCCCCAAGGAGCUCUACGAGCUGUACUUCGUCUUCGCCUGCUUCUGGGCCUUCGGGGGGGCCAUGUUCCAGGACCAGCUUAUAGAUUACCGACUCGAGUUCAGCAGGUGGUGGAUCAAUGAGUUUAAAACCAUCAAGUUACCCUCUCAGGGAACAAUUUUUGACUACUACAUUGAUCCUGAUACUAAAAAGUUCCUGCCGUGGACAGACAAAGUGCCUGCCUUUGAGCUGGAUCCCGACAUCCCGCUGCAGGCCUCUCUGGUCCACACCACGGAAACCAUCCGCAUCCGCUACUUCUUGGACCUGCUCAUGGAGAAGUCCUGGCCCGUGAUGCUGGUGGGGAACGCGGGCACGGGGAAGUCGGUGCUGAUGGGCGACAAGCUGGAGAGGCUGAGCACAGACGAGUACCUGGUGCAGUCGGUGCCCUUCAACUUCUACACCACCUCCGCCAUGCUGCAGGGUGUGCUCGAGAAGCCGCUGGAGAAGAAAUCGGGGAGGAACUAUGGGCCACCAGGCACCAAGAAGCUGAUCUACUUCAUCGACGACAUGAACAUGCCUGAGGUGGACAAGUAUGGGACAGUGGCCCCGCACACCCUCAUCCGGCAGCACAUGGACCACGGGCAUUGGUACGACAGGCAGAAGCUGACCCUGAAGGAUGUCCAUAACUGUCAGUACGUGGCUUGCAUGAACCCCACCGCCGGAUCCUUCACCAUUGAUCCAAGACUGCAGCGCCACUUCUGCGUGUUCGCCGUGAGCUUCCCUGGCCAGGACGCCCUCAUGACCAUCUACAGCACGAUCCUGAUGCAGCACCUGUCCUACCGCUCGGCCUCCAUGGUGGUCCAGAGGAUGAGCGGCCAGCUGGUGGCUGCAGCCCUGGCCUUGCAUCAGAAAGUGACCUCGACGUUUCUUCCCACGGCCAUCAAGUUCCAUUAUGUCUUCAACCUCAGGGACCUCUCNNCUGUGGGGCAGGGACUCUUGUUCUCCACAGCAGAGAUCCUGAAGGUCCCCCUGGACCUUGUCCGCCUUUGGCUGCAUGAGGCUGAGCGCGUGUAUGGGGACAAAAUGGUGGACGAGAAAGACCAGGAAACGCUGCACAGGGUCACGGUGGCCUCCACCAAGAAGUUCUUUGAUGAACUCGGUGAGGAGCACAUGUUUGCCAAACCCAAUAUCUUCUGCCACUUUGUCCAUGGGAUUGGUGACCCCAAGUACUUCAACGUGACCGACGUGGCUCAGCUGAACAAGCUGCUGGUGGACGUCCUGGACAGCUACAACGAAGUCAACGCCGUCAUGAACUUGGUGCUGUUUGAAGACGCCGUGGCGCACGUCUGCAAGAUCAACCGCAUCCUGGAGUCGCCCCGCGGCAACGCGCUGCUGGUGGGGGUGGGUGGCAGCGGGAAGCAGAGCCUCUCGCGCUUGGCAGCCUACAUCAGCGCCCUGGACGUGUUCCAGAUCACCCUCAAGAAGGGCUAUGGCAUCCCGGACCUCAAGAUGGACCUGGCCUCCCAGUACAUAAAGGCUGCUGUGAAGAACGUGCCCUCCGUGUUCCUGAUGACGGACUCCCAGGUGGCCGAGGAGCAGUUCCUGGUGCUGAUCAACGACCUGCUGGCCUCCGGGGAGAUCCCCGGGCUGUUUGCGGACGAUGAAGUGGAGAACAUCAUCUCCUCCAUGCGACCGCAAGUGAAGUCCCUGGGCAUGAUGGACACGCGGGAGGCGUGCUGGAAGUUCUUCAUUGAGAAAGUGCGCAAGCAUCUCAAGGUGAUCCUGUGCUUCUCCCCCGUGGGCUCCAUCCUGCGUAUUCGAGCAAGAAAAUUCCCUGCCGUGGUCAACUGCACGGCCAUCAACUGGUUCCAUGAGUGGCCGGAAGAUGCCCUGGUGUCCGUCAGCGCUCGCUUCCUGGAGGAAACGGAGGGCAUUUCGCGGGAGGUGAAGACCUCCAUCAGCCUCUUCAUGUCCUACGUGCACACCACGGUCAACGAGAUGUCCAAGGUGUACCUGGCGACCGAGAGGCGCUACAACUACACCACGCCCAAAACCUUCCUGGAGCAGAUCAAACUCUACCAGAACCUGCUGGCCAGGAAGAGGCUGGAGCUGGUGGCCAAGAUCGAGCGGCUGGAGAAUGGCCUCAUGAAGCUGCAGAGCACAGCCUCCCAGGUGGACGACUUGAAGGCCACGCUGGCGAUUCAGGAGGCUGAGCUCAAGCUGAAGAACGAGAACGCAGACAAGCUGAUCCAGGUGGUCGGCGUGGAGACUGAGAAGGUCAGCAAAGAGAAAGCCAUCGCCGACGAGGAGGAGGUCAAAGUGGAGAUCAUCAACAAGGUGGGGGCCCCCUCAGAGGCCACCCUGACCCCAAGGGACCCCAGUGUUUCCCAGCCCCCACUGGUGAGGGAUGGUGUUGAGCUGCUGUACACCCUUGGGCCCUACCAAGGCAACCCCACCUUCGACCCCGAGUUCAUCCGCUCCAAGUCCACGGCGGCCGCGGGCCUGUGCUCCUGGUGCAUCAACAUCGUGCGCUUCUACGAGGUCUACUGCGACGUGGCGCCCAAGAGGCAGGCCCUGGAGGAGGCCAACGCGGAGCUGGCCGAGGCGCAGGACAAGCUGACCCGGAUCAAAAACAAGAUCGCGGAACUCAAUGCCAACUUGAGCAACCUGACGUCAGCCUUCGAGAAAGCAACUGCGGAGAAAAUCCAGUGUCAGCAGGAGGCUGACGCCACCAACAGAGUGAUCUCACUGGCCAACAGGCUGGUCGGUGGAUUAGCGUCUGAAAAUGUCCGCUGGGCUGAGUCGGUGGAGAACUUCAAGAGCCAAGGGAUCACCCUGUGUGGGGACGUCCUGCUGAUCUCUGCCUUCGUCUCCUACGUGGGCUACUUCACCAAGAGAUACCGAAAUGAGCUGAUGGAGAAGUUCUGGAUCCCUUUUAUAAACGGCUUGAAGGUCCCCAUCCCGAUCACGGAAAGCCUGGACCCCCUGAGUCUGCUGACAGAUGACGCAGAUGUGGCCACCUGGAAUAACCAGGGCCUUCCCAGCGACCGCAUGUCCACCGAGAAUGCCACCAUCCUGUGCAACACGGAGCGCUGGCCCCUGAUUGUGGACGCCCAGCUCCAAGGGAUCAAGUGGAUCAAGACCAAAUACGGGAGCAUGCUGAAAGCCAUCCGCCUGGGGCAGAAGAGCUACCUGGACAUCAUUGAGCAGGCCAUUUCAGAAGGGGACACCUUGCUCAUCGAGAACAUUGGCGAGACCGUGGACCCCGUGCUGGACCCUUUGUUGGGCAGGAACACGAUUAAAAAGGGAAAGUUCAUCAAGAUCGGUGACAAGGAAGUGGAGUAUCACCCCAACUUCCGCCUGAUCCUACACACCAAGUACUUCAACCCUCACUACAAGCCAGAGAUGCAGGCCCAGUGCACCCUCAUCAACUUCCUCGUCACCAGGGACGGACUCGAGGACCAACUCCUGGCCGCCGUGGUGGCCAAAGAGCGCCCAGAUCUUGAGCAGCUCAAGGCCAACCUCACCAAAUCCCAGAAUGAGUUCAAGAUCGUCCUGAAGGAGCUGGAGGACUCCCUGCUGGCCCGGCUCUCCGCUGCGUCCGGGAACUUUCUGGGAGACACGGCCUUGGUGGAGAACCUGGAGACGACCAAACACACAGCAAGCGAGAUCGAGGAGAAGGUUCAAGAGGCAAAAAUCACAGAAAGCAAAAUCAACGAGGCGAGAGAGAACUACCGCCCGGCGGCCGAGCGAGCCUCCCUGCUCUACUUCAUCCUGAAUGACCUCAACAAGAUCGACCCCAUCUACCAGUUCUCGCUCAAGGCCUUCAAUGUGGUGUUCGAGAAGGCGAUCCAGAAGACGCCCCCGGCCGACGAGGUGAAGCAGCGCGUGAUCAACCUGACGGACGAGAUCACCUACUCCGUCUACAUGUACACGGCCCGCGGGCUCUUUGAGCGAGACAAGCUCAUUUUUCUGGCACAAGUGACGUUUCAGGUCUUAUCCAUGAAGAGAGAGCUGAACCCAGUGGAGCUGGACUUCCUGCUGCGGUUCCCCUUCAAGGCCGGGGCGGUCUCCCCGGUGGACUUCCUGCAGCACCAGGGCUGGGGCGGGAUCAAGGCCCUCUCAGAGAUGGACGAGUUCAAAAACCUGGACAACGACAUCGAAGGGUCCGCCAAGCGGUGGAAGAAGCUGGUGGAGUCGGAGACCCCGGAGAAGGAGGUCUUCCCCAAGGAGUGGAAGAACAAGACGGCGCUGCAGAAGCUGUGCAUGGUGAGGUGCAUGCGGCCCGACCGCAUGACCUACGCUGUCAAGAACUUCGUGGAGGAGAAGAUGGGCAGCAAGUUCGUGGAAGGCCGGAGCGUGGAGUUCUCCAAGUCCUACGAGGAGAGCAGCCCCUCCACUCCCAUCUUCUUCAUCCUCUCCCCAGGCGUGGACCCCCUGAAAGACGUGGAGUCCCUGGGAAAAAAAUUGGGAUUUACCAUAGACAAUGGGAAACUCCAUAAUGUGUCCCUGGGGCAGGGACAAGAGGUGGUGGCUGAGAAUGCUCUGGACGUAGCUGCAGAGAACGGGCACUGGGUCAUCCUGCAGAACAUCCACCUGGUGGCUCGGUGGCUGAGCACCCUGGAUAAGAAGGUGGAGCGCUACAGCACGGGCAGCCACGAGGACUACCGGGUGUUCAUCAGCGCGGAGCCUGCGCCCAGCCCCGAAGCCCACAUCAUCCCCCAGGGCAUCCUGGAAAACGCCAUCAAGAUCACCAACGAGCCGCCCACGGGCAUGUACGCCAACCUGCACAAGGCCCUGGACCUCUUCAACCAGGACACCAUGGAGAUGUGCACCAAAGAGAUCGAAUUCAAGUGCAUCCUCUUUGCCCUGUGCUACUUCCAUGCUGUGGUGGCCGAGAGGCGCAAGUUUGGUGCCCAGGGCUGGAACCGGUCAUACCCCUUCAACAACGGGGACCUCACCAUCUCCAUCAAUGUGCUCUACAAUUACCUGGAGGCCAACGCCAAGGUGCCCUGGGACGACCUCCGCUACCUCUUCGGGGAGAUCAUGUACGGCGGCCACAUCACGGAUGACUGGGAUCGGCGGCUCUGCAGGACCUACCUGGCUGAGUACGUCCGCGGCGAGAUGCUGGAGGGAGAGGUGAUGCUGGCCCCCGGCUUUCAGAUCCCCCCCAACCUGGACUACAAGGGCUACCAUGAAUACAUCGAUGAGAACCUUCCCCCCGAGAGCCCCUACCUGUACGGCCUGCACCCCAACGCAGAGAUUGGCUUUCUGACGGUCACCUCAGAGAAGCUAUUCCGCACUGUCCUGGAAAUGCAGCCCAAAGAGACAGACUCGGGAGCAGGCACAGGAGUAUCCCGCGAGGAAAAGGUGAAGGCCGUGCUGGAUGACGUCCUCGAGAAGAUUCCAGAGACCUUCAACAUGGCUGAGAUCAUGGCAAAGGCGGCUGAGAAGACCCCCUAUGUGGUGGUGGCCUUUCAAGAAUGUGAAAGGAUGAACAUCCUGACCAACGAAAUGCGCCGCUCACUGAAGGAGCUGAACCUGGGGCUGAAGGGGGAACUGACCAUCACCACCGACAUGGAAGACCUGUCCACGGCUCUCUUUUACGACACUGUGCCUGACACGUGGGUGGCCCGGGCCUACCCCUCCAUGAUGGGCCUGGCAGCCUGGUACACGGACUUGCUGCUCCGCAUCAGGGAACUCGAGGCCUGGACAACGGACUUCGUCCUGCCCACCACCGUGUGGCUGGCUGGAUUCUUCAACCCCCAGUCGUUCCUCACGGCCAUCAUGCAGUCCAUGGCCAGGAAGAACGAGUGGCCCCUGGACAAGAUGUGUUUGUCUGUGGAAGUGACCAAGAAAAACCGGGAGGACAUGACUGCUCCCCCCAGAGAGGGCUCCUAUGUGUAUGGACUCUUCAUGGAAGGAGCUCGCUGGGACACCCAGACUGGAGUCAUCGCUGAAGCGCGUCUGAAGGAGCUGACGCCAGCCAUGCCCGUCAUCUUCAUCAAAGCCAUUCCUGUGGACCGCAUGGAGACCAAGAACAUAUAUGAGUGUCCCGUGUACAAGACACGCAUCCGUGGCCCCACCUAUGUCUGGACCUUUAACCUCAAGACUAAGGAGAAGGCAGCCAAGUGGAUCCUGGCGGCGGUGGCGCUGCUCCUGCAGGUGUAACUGGCCACUGGUCCUGCGCCACGGCCCCACCCUGAACCAAGUCAACCAGGCUGCAAUCAGAAACGCCGCCUUGCAACUGUCACCUGCUCUUUACGGGAAGCAUUGGUUAUUUUCCUCUUACAUAAUCGAGGUGCUUUGUGACUGAGUGCACCUGGACUAGCCCGAGGGGAGGCUGGAGGCUGGAGUGUGAGAGGCGUACAGAUUAAAAGGCCUGCAGUCAU